AUGAGCUCGCCGUUCUCGCUGCCUGCCAACCUACCGAGCCUGCCUAGAAUAGAGGGCACGGAUCCUGAACGCUGCGUGCUCGAUGCGUUCCGCGCGGCGAUCGCGCAAUUGGUGGCGGGUGCGCUGCCGCCGCUGACGGUCGAGCAGGUUUAUGCUGGGGUGGAUUAUGGGAAGAAGGGGGUGGAUUUUACGGUUGCGAUACCGCGGUUUAGGUUGCCGGGGAAGGUGGACGAGCUUGCGAAGCGCGUUUUGGAUAAGUUCCAACCAAACGAGUGGAUCGAAAACGUCGUCUACGACAGGGCAUUCCUACACUUCACACUCCGCACGUCCACGCUUAACCGACUCGUGCUAGACCAAGUGCAUGCCCUCACGUAUGCUACGACAUCCGGCCAACCAGAGUACGGCACAAACACGUCUGGAGCGGGCAAGCGCGUCGUUAUCGAGUAUUCUUCUCCCAACAUCGCGAAGCAGUUCCAUGUCGGACACUUGCGGAGCACGAUCAUCGGUGCCUUCCUCGCGAAUCUGUACAAGGCGUGCGGAUGGGAAGUCGUCUCUAUGAACUACCUAGGUGACUGGGGAACGCAGUUCGGUCUGAUCGCUGUUGGCUUUGGCAAAUACGGCUCCCGAGAAGAGCUAGAAAAAGACGCCAUCCGGCAUCUCUUUGAAGUCUACGUCAAGAUCAACGCCGACGCGGAAAAGGAUCCAAACGUCAAGGUUGAGGCAGCGGCGUUCUUCAAGCGAAUGGAGGACGGUGACGAGACGGCGCUCGCGGACUGGCGGAUAUGGCGCGAGCUGUCGGUCCGCAAAUACGCGGAGGAGUAUGCGCGACUGAACGUCCACUUUGACGUGUACACCGGCGAGAGCAUGGUCGGGAAGGCGAGCCAGGCCUUGGCGCUCAAGGUGCUCGGGGAGAAAGGCCUGAUUGAUGAUGAAGAGGGCGCGAAGUGGGUGAACCUGGAGAAGUACAAGCUCGGGAAGGCGGUGCUACGGAAGAAAGAUGGGACGUCGAUCUACCUCACGCGUGAUAUCGGCGGUGCAAUCGAGCGGUACGAGAAGUACAAGUUCGAUAAGAUGAUCUACGUCAUCUCCUCGCAGCAGGAUCUGCACGUCGCGCAGUUCUUCAAGGUGCUGGAUCUGAUGGGCUUCGAGUGGGCGAACCGCCUCCAGCACGUCAACUACGGGCUCGUGCUGGGCAUGAGCACGCGGCGAGGGACGGUCGUCUUCCUCGACCAGAUUAUUCGUGAGGCGGGCGUGGUGAUGCACGAGCAGAUGAAGAAGAACGAGGAGAAGUACAAGAACGUCGAGGACCCAGAGGCAGUGGCGCAGGAGAUUGGCAUCACGGGCGUCAAGAUCCAGGACAUGGCUGCGAAGCGAAUCAACAACUACACAUUCAACUGGGAUCGAAUGCUCUCCUUCGAGGGCGACACCGGCCCGUACCUGCAAUACGCACACGUCCGCAUCUCCUCCAUCUCCCGCAAAAACCCCGAGCUCCUCCCCCUACCGCCCCCCGCACAGAUCGACACCGGCCUGCUCACGGAGCCGGCGACGCGGGAGAUCAUCUUCCUGCUCGGGUCGUACCCCGACGUGGUGAAGACCGCGCUGCGCACGCACGAGCCGAGCGGCGUGGUCACGUUCGCGUUCCGCCUCAGCCACGCGAUUUCGAGCGCGUGGGAGACGGUCGUCGUGAAGGGCGAGGCGGACGUGGCGAAGGCGCGGGCGCGCAUGUGGAUGUACCUGUGCACGCGGGACGUGCUUGGUGCGGCGAUGCGCUUGUUGACUUUGAAGCCGUUGGAGCGGAUGUAG